GCGGCGGCGCCGGUUACCGACACUCAGCUACCUGGCAGCACACACACACACACACACACACCACCACCACCAACCCCUCUAAUCCGACAGAAUGUUCCGCUCCGGUCUGGUGCUGCUGGCGGUGACGGCCUGCGCCGUGGCGCGGCCGCAGCAGCGGCUGACGCCCGUCCCGUUCCCGGUGCCCCAGUCGUCGGGCCAGUCGACCAGCGGCGUGGUCAAGGGCGAGACGUUCGUCCCUGGCGGCUCCUCGGUCCUCACUCAGCAGCAGGCGGAAACCGGCGGCCAGGCGGCCAACGGCGGCUUCAACCAGGGCUCAGCCGGCGCCUCCACCGUCGGCUUCAGCAACCUGUUCUCGCAGGGCAGCAACUCGCAGACGAGCGCCGUCUCCAACCAAGGCUCUAACCCGGUGCUGCCCGGCUUCCCCUUCCCCCCGCUCCCCGGGUUUGGCACGGCCGCCGGUACCGCCGGCAGCCAGCUGACGCAGGGCAAGACCACCGGACCGGACGGCAGCCAGACCACCAUCACGCAGCUGGGCUCCUCGGCCGGCGGCAGCGCCACCAACGGCGGCAUCAGCACCAACCAGGCCUCCGGCAGCGUCACCGACGUUAACACGCCGUUCGGCUCCCAGACCAGCAGCAACGUGAACGCCGAGUCCAACCAGAGCACCGGCCGGUAGGCCGCCGCCUGGCCUAGUCUGGUCUGGUCUGGCACGCCUCGGCUAUGGAGCAACUCCCGGGACGCCGCGGAAGGGCGUCACAAAGGCACAGGGCAGGGUGAGCCGGUAACCUCUUGGUGACCUGUUCCUCUGCCAAGUCAACAUCGCUGUUUGAAACGAGCCAGUGGGCCCAACUGCAUUCAGAAACUAUUGUUAUUGUCUGAGAUUAUUUCAUGUUUGUAACAUUGUCAGCUUUGACGGGCCGUGAGCUUCAUUGUUUCGAUUGAAUCAAUGCCUAUGGGAAAUAUGUGAAUAAAGACAAGAAUGUGAAAUAAACACAUGGUAAAAUCAA